UUCUCUCUCUUCACUCGGUUUCACUCUUCUCACUCCUUGUCUUCCCUUGGAUGGAAGCAGAAUAAACCAUACAGGACACACGGUUGUAAUACCGACAGAUUUGUUAAGAGUCUCGGUAGAGAAGGAAUCGAAUUUUUUCUUCGCCGAUUGAAAGUGCAAGGCAUAGAGAAAAUAACCCAUUCUCUUCUCUAACUCUUGAGGAUGAAAGUUGUACCUCCUUCGAGCUUUUCAUAUACUGAUGAAGACCAGAAGAAUUUGAAGGAAUUGCUUGAAGCCUUUGGUUCCAUUGUUUCCCUCGAUGACAUAGCUUCUGCCUACUGUGAAGCUGGUCGAAACUUAUGUUAUGCUGCUGAAAUAUUGUGUAACAAGCGGGGCAGCAUCUUUGCGACGUCUUCAUCAAAAUCACAGGACAUCGUAGAAAACAGAACUAGUGCAUCUUCUGAAGGACCAUCCGAUUACAUCUUGGAAAAUGCACAUAUUACUAAAUCAAAGUCAAGGAAGUGUUCAGCGUCAAUGGGAACUGUGUCUAAUGUCAUUGGAAAGGAUUACAUAACACCUAGACCUCAAUCAAAUGGAUUGAAUGAGAAGUUAAAACCAGUGAAAAUACACUCAGAUGACUUUCCAGUCUCAGAGAUCUGGGAUGAGAAAAAGGAAUCAGCAUCUACCUCUCGAAGUGAAUCCAUGAACACUGAUAUUGAAGAGUUCCUUUAUAAAAUGCUUGGAAAUGGAUUUCAGCUGGAAAAGAGUGUAAUCCAGGAUGUUGUUGGUCAAUGUGGGUAUAAUAUGGACAUGAGCAUUGAUAAACUUCUUGAUCUGUCAGCAGCAACCCUAGAGAAGAGUGAUGAUGUUAUUGGCAUAGCUGCUGGAAAUGUGAAGACAAAGAAGGGUAGCCUUCAGCUGGGGUCCAUGUCUGCUAGAACAGAGUCGCCAGUUACUGAUUUUUCUGGAAGAUCGAAAUCUGGUGCGAGCAGUGGAGAACCUCGGACUGAGAUGAAAAAGAAAGACAUCUCUAGAGAAGUUCUAGAGGCGUUAUUUAGUGUGCCUAACGUAUUUGAGGAAAAACAGGAAUGCAGCAAUCCAAUUAAACCAUGUCGGCGAUUACCUUAUGGUCAGGUCGUCUCCAAACCACCAAAAGACAAAUUCAUAGAAGACUUUACUUUUAUUACAAGACAACCAGUUAAUGCUAGAACUGAUGAAGCAAAUCAGAUUAGCUAUGAGGACUUGCGCAAAGCUGUGAUGGAGUAUUGGAUGACAAUGAAAGAAUACUAUAAAGCUGCUGUGGAUGCAUUUUCUCAAAAGGAUUAUGAGAAUGCACAAGUAUUUCUGGAUGAGGGUAGCUUUUAUAUGAGGAAGGCCCGAGAAGCAGAUGAAAAAUCUGCUCAAAAGCUUAUUGAGGACAGCGAGGAGGAGGAAGAAUUUUCUCUAAACAUGCAUUAUCUUGAGCCAAAGGAUGCUCUGCACCAUAUGAAACUUCAUUUGACCUCUCUUUCCGGUUUGCCAUCUUUCUGCUACCUGAAGUUUGUCGUUGGGACCGAUGAUGGAGACAAGAAAGAUGUCCGGCGGAAGCGUCUGAUUACCAAGCUUCUCGAAAAAGAGGGGAUUCCAUGGACUGAAGAAGGAAAUGGAUGGACAAUUUCAAUCCGAGUGGACGAGAUUGAUCCGAAGAAGCUGAGUUUCGCAAACAAAUGAAUGAUCACACCUAUCUUUUGAUUGAUAUAUUAUCUUUGAGUUUUGGAACUCACAUUCAGGACAUCCAUUUCUGUUGAUUUCUGCACUAGUUUUAACCCCCGAGAGGACCCUCAGGACCUCCAAUUUUCAUUUUUACCUGUCAGUGAACUACAUGCAAGAAGAAACAACGUUGCUUGAUUUGACAGUAUUUAUUCUUUUUGUUGUUGCAUGAUUGUUACUGUGCAAAAUUUUACUGAAGCGAUAUGGUUCACCACA